AGCAAAUUCGCCGCUUUUAGUUUUUCGUAUACGCUCCGCACUGCUGGUCGUGUCUGUUUGUUGUUGCUGUCGUCGCCGUCGUCGCGUCGUGUCGCUGCUGUUGCUGCUGUCCACAGAGAAAACGAAAAGCUACACAAAAGUAAGCGACAACGCGAAUCGUAUCACGUAAACGCCCGCGUGGAGAAAUAAACGAGAGAUGUCCACGAAUAUGUGCCCGAAUGCAGAAUUAUUCAGCAAUUCAUUAAAAUAUUGAUAAGUGACGUCACCAAGGCUGUACGGACUGGCCUUGUGUAGCUGCAACAUUGAGCAACAACAACAAUAACGAGGGAUCAUUAGCAGCACGCCGUCUCUGCCGUCGGACCAACACGCUUAACGUCACGUCGCCACUUACGUUUUCUCUGCGAACUCGCUCUCUCUCUCACUCUCGCUCUCUCGGCGAGAUACUCUCUUUCGCUGUAGGUUUGCCGGCGACUCCACUUACUACUACGACGAAAAGACACUCAGGCCAGGCAGCACUCACUUUGCGUUUACGUCGUGGCCCAUGAAGUUCGUUUAGUUCGCCGCACAAAAUGUGAAAACUGAUGAAAAGAAAGAAGAAAACUGCACACAUUGAGACACACAGCUAACUAAACAACAACAAAUUUUGAGACAGACACAGUACGCGCAUCAACAACAAUUAUGUGAUAUCUACAACAAAUAUAAUUUUUUCUUAACUGCUGACGUCACACGUCGAAAAGAAGAAUACAAAUUUUGCGCAAAAGAAACAUGAAAACGUAGUGAAAAAAUGUACAUGAAAAACGCAAAAAUAUGAAACGUGUGUGAUAUUAAAUGAGCGCGACGGCGGCAGCAGCAACAACAACAACAAAACAUCAGCAGCAGCGACGUUGGCAGCAGCAGCGGCGACGACGACGCAGGCGACGGCAGCAGCAGCGUUUGCAGGCAUUUGCUUUGCUGGUGGGUUGUGCGUCGUGAUAUAAAGGCGAAGAAAUUCCAAUUUAGAUGUGAAGAAUCCCUAGGUGCUAAUUUAGUUGAUAAGCGCAAACAAAAAGUACAAUAAACAACAACACCAGCAACAGCAACAGCAACAAAAUAACUGAAGCAACAAGCACACAUCAGGCAAAUUUUCAACUGGGUGGCAACGUCUUAAGCAGCAACCGCCGCGCUUAAAAGUAUGCUACAGCAAAAUACGUGCGAUUGCCGCGCUGCCAGGCCAACAACGUAGCAAACACAACAAAUUAUAAAAAUAAAAGACAGCGACUAAGUUGCGCGAGAGCAAAAAGAGCGAGGGGGAGAGAGAGAAUUUUUGUAAGAAGGGAGAGCGCGCGCGACUGCGAAAUGUCGAAUUUUUUGAUAACCAGCGCCGCGCCCAACAGCAACACACAGCGUCAGCAGCAGCAGCUUUAUGGAGUUGGCGGCACACAGGUGGUACGCAAACUCAGCUAUGAGCUGCUGGGCAACAACAAUAACAACAAUAAUAUUGUGAUCAAAAAUGAAAAUCUGCGGGACAUUGAUUACGAGCACGGCAGCAACGACAACAGCAACAGCAACAGCGGCGUCAGCAUCGGCGUUGGCGUCGCAGCCCACCUGCAAGAUCACGAAUACAUAAGUCUGAAUAAGUCUGGCAACACAACAACACCAACAACCGUUAUAGCAGAAGCAACAAGCACACAUCAUCAGCAGCAGCAGCAGCAGCGGAAUGGAGGAGGAGCUGCUGGCAAAACGAAUGAUAUCACACACUACUACAGGGUCAAGCGCCGGCCGAACGCAGCCACCCACGAGAUCCACCCGAAGAAACAGGCCAAGCAGAGCGCACAGCAUCAAACGGUCACCUACAACAACAGCAAGCAGCAGGCGGCGGCGCAGCAGCAGCUGCGAUACCAGCAGUCGCAGUCGCAGCAGCAGUACGACGUCGAGCACGACGAAGAUGACGAUGUGGAGACGAGCAAACCGGCCGGCAACGGUACUUUGCAUUCACAUACACAGUUUGCGCGGACAGCGUCGCAGCAGCAGACGACGCCGCAGCAGCAGACUGCGCUGGUAACAUCUUCUUCGACGUCCUCAGCUGGGGGCGGCGGUGGCGGCGACCGCAAUCGGGCGGACACUUCGCUGGGCAUACUGACCAAAAAGUUUGUGGAUCUGCUGCAGGAGUCGCCGGACGGUGUGGUCGAUCUGAACGAUGCGUCCACACGGCUGUCCGUGCAGAAGCGUCGCAUCUACGACAUUACGAACGUGCUGGAGGGCAUUGGCAUCCUGGAGAAGAAGUCCAAGAACAAUAUACAAUGGCGCGGCGGUCAAUCACUGGUCAGCAGCGAACGCUCCCGACACAUCGAGGCAGAGUGCGAGCGGCUGGAGCAGCGCGAGAACGAGCUCAACACGCUCAUCGACCAGAUGCGCGGCGAACUGGCCGAGAUAUCGCAGGAGGUGGAGAAUAUUGGCGGCAUGGCCUACGUGACGCAAAACGAUCUGCUCAACGUGGAUCUGUUCAAAGAUCAGAUUGUUAUUGUGAUCAAGGCGCCGCCAGAGGCCAAACUUGUGCUGCCCAACACAAAGCUACCGCGCGAAAUAUACGUGAAGGCGGAGAACAGUGGGGAGAUAAAUGUAUUUCUGUGCCAAGAUAAUUCGCCGGAAAGUUCGCCAAUUGCGCCUGCGUUGUGUGGCAACGGCAUACGCACGGCGACGUCGACGCGACUGCAUCACCUGACCAAUCAGCGCAUCGAUCCCCUAUUCAAUAACAUUGAUGCCAUGAGCACCAAGGGCCUAGGCCAUCCACCAUAUCGCUUAUCAGCUCAGCGCAACCUCAGCAAGUCGAUUGAGGAGGCGGCCAAGCAAUCCCAGCCUGAAUAUAAUAACAUUUGUGAUAUUGGCGGCGUCAAAUAUGAACUGACCUCGCCACAGCAGCAGCUGCAACAGUCGACGACGCAGGCGGGCAAUGAUGAUGAUGAUGAUGACGACGAUGACGACGUCGACGAUGAGCUGAAUCAGCUGGUGCCUACGCUAACCAGUCCCGUGGUCCGCAGCUAUCACCAUCACCAGCGGCAUGGCAUCGAUAUUCAGCACAUUUUAAACAGCCUAACACAAUCCUCGCCCACGAAGGCGGAGGGCGGACUUCGCUCUACGACGCCGCGGCUCUGGCGACGUGCGGCGAAUCCCGCCGCCAACAUCGCGGGCAACACAACUACGCUUAAUAGUCAUAACAGCAGCAGUAGCAGCAACAACAACAAUUCCCAGCCCCACAACAGCAACAACAGCAGCAGCAGCACAGUUAAUUACAGCAAUCAGCAGCAGCAGCGACGCAGCGAUGUACCAAUGUAUAACUGUGCAAUGGACGACGCGACUGCGUCCUAUGCUGUUAGCAAUAACAGUAACAAUAACAGCAGCCACAACUCCUCUGCCAUAGGCUCGCUGCACAUGCAGUUUGCGGCAGUAGCCGGCAAUGAAAGCGACAGCGGCCUUGGCGUCGGCUUGGCGGCGACAUAUAGCGACAUCUCUGGCGCUGGCGCCAAUGUUGAUCAGCAACAGCAAUACAACAACACCAACAACAACAAGAAUAAUUAUCGCAGCCUGCCGCCAGGCGUUGGCGACUGCGACGCUGACAGUGACGGCAGCAAUGUUGCUCUCCAAGGCCUCGAUGCAUUGUUUGGCGACAUUGGCACAGACUACUUCAAUAACGAAGCCUUUGUGUCCAUCGAUCCGCCGGAUGACAAUGAUUAUCCCUACGCACUGAACGCCAACGAGGGUAUCGAUCGGCUGUUCGACUUUAGCUCCGAUGCCUACGGGCCCUAAGCCACACACACACACACACAACACACAUACAACUGCGAAUUGGGGGUUUGGGGAUUGGGAGGGGGUGUUUAUAAUUAUAAAUUAUAUACAAGAAAAGCAGCGCAUAUUAUGUUAGAGAUGAUCUAUUAUUAUUAUUAUUAUUAUUAUCAUUAUUAUUAAUAUUAUUACAAAUUAUCAAGUAAAGCAAAACAGUUUCAAGAGAACAUCAGCAAAAACAACAAAGCAAAACAACAACAACAAACAAUGUAAAAAACUAAAUGGAACUAAGUUGUGUGUAAAAUUUUAAGCAUAAAAACCUAUAUUUAAAUUUAUAAUCCAAACACGUAUUUUAAGAAACAAAAAAAAAACAAAAAAAAA